AAUUCAUCAACAUCUUCAUCAACAUUAUUAGGAAUGACUCCAGAAACUGCGAGAAGAAAUCGUUGUACAAUUUGUCAAAAACAAUUCAAGAGACCAUCUUCAUUACAAACUCAUUUAUAUUCACAUACUGGUGAAAAACCAUUUGCUUGUACUUGGGAUAAUUGUGGUCGUUUAUUUUCAGUGAGGUCAAAUAUGAUUAGACAUCGUAAAUUACAUGAACGU